GGUCAAAAAAGUCAGAUAUGAUGCACUUUCAUCUGCAGUGUGAACGUAGCCUUAGUUAUUCUCAAGGUCUGCAGUGUUGCCUUCUGGUAGUGCAGUCCCCUCAGGGCUGGACGGGGACAAAAAGUCAAUAUGGCCGGUGUGCCAUAUAUCUAUAUAUUAUACAUAUAUCUAUGCAUUUCAUUUUGUUUGACAGUUUUUAAUCAGUUUGGUACAGUUGCUGUUAUUUAUUUCUUUGUUGCAUUGCAGAACGUCAAAAUUUAAAGCUACACUUUAGCUGUUAGCAGUGGCUCAUGGUUAAAGUAGCCAAUUAUUUAACCCAAAUCCUUGAAUCUCUCAUAUCCUAUUUAUGUUCCUCCAUCUAUACUCUAUAAUUUUACUUUGUCUCUUCCUCACUUAUCUACAGCUGGUGCUCCACCAGUAGCCUCCUGAGACUGUGAGGCCUGGUUAGGAGUUGUUACUGGUACUAAAGCCCCACAGCUAACAAGUGGGGCACACUAUUAUUAGCUUGCUUUUUGUUGUUUUCUCUCAGUUUUCAAGCUCCACCUUUUCGCCACUUCUUCCGAACUAAAGUUUUCCUACAACGUGCAUAAGCACACAGUGAAGAUAGGGGAGGGGCUGGUCCUUUGUCAGCUCACUUUUGUGUGUUUUACAUAGGAGGAAGAGUGAUUGCAACUGCAGUGGCAGUGGCAUACUUAGAGUUGAAAAAUAGGAAGUGUUGCACUUGGAGUUUUCAAGUGCAACAGUUCAUACGAUUUUGUCUGCUCACUUAUCAAUAUGGCUCUCUGUCUCAGGAUUAUUUAUAUCAUCACUGGACUAACAGGAGUUCACAGUAUAACUACAGUCAGUAAAGUAUCAGUGAAAACUGGGAAAUCUAUCUCCAUCCCAUGUCUCUAUGAGUCCAAAUACAAAAACCAUGUGAAGUACUUGUGUGAAGGAUCUAAAUGGAGAUCCUGCAGCGAUGUAUUAAAAACAAACACAGCAGACCCUUCAGGAAAAUAUUCAAUCUCUGAUGAUAAAAACCAAUUUUUUUUUACUGUAACUAUAAACAAUCUGACAAAUGAAAACACUGAUUACUGGUGUGUGGUGGAGAUUAAUAAUGGACCGGAUUAUGGAGAGCAUUUUCAACUGUCAGUUACCAGUGGGACCCCCAGUCUCUAUGUGGAUCAUCAGAGGAUUACAGGAUACAUUGGAGAAAGCAUAACCAUCAGAUGUCACCACAGUAACUCUGGAGAAAUGAAGUGGUGCCGGCUGGGCAGGAACUGUGUGACAGGAUCAUCUGGAUCCAUAGAUGGAACAACAGUGACCGCUUAUAUGAGCGAACCAAAUGUUUUCACAGUGACAAUGAGUGGACUACAGUCAGAGGACAGUGGCUGGUAUUGGUGUGCUAAAGGGGACAUUCAGAUACCAGUAUAUUUAACUGUUACUGAGAACCACCACCCCUACUACUACUGGUAUUACUAUUCACACUGUUAAUGGAAAUGGAAAAGUUACUACAAUGGAGCAAUGGAAUAAUUUUACAAUAGUACAAAAUAGACAACACAGAGCUUCAUUUCCUCCAAAGAUCCUCAUCAUCCCUCUAAGUGUUUUGAUCGUGAUCGUAAUUGUGGUGCUGUUCAUCUGGUUUAUACUCAGACACAAACAGAGCAAAGCAGAAUCAUCAGCCACAGCAAUGGUUGGAGAGGAAGUAACAUACUCUGAAGUUAGAACCAAGAAAAAACGUUUACCCAAGAGUUCAUUUGCUGAAAGUGACAUGGAACUCGUGUAUAGUUCUGUUGUUGAGAAACAGCGUAAUAAAAGGGCUGAAGGAAAAGAAACAGAAGUUACAUACAGCACAUUAGCUAAUCUCUACUGAAAUGCUUUGACAUUCAAACAUUUAUGCAAUCUUAACUUUCUCUGUACCUAUGUUACUGGAGUCCUUGUGAGACAAAUGAUAAUGGUAAUGUGUUAUCUGAUGCCAUCAACAUGUUAUGUAGCAAAUAUUUUCUUCAUCUUUUCAAAGAUUUUGUAAAAAAUCUAUUGAGUUGUUCAAAAAUCAAAGUUGUUGUCACAGGCUGGGUCUUUGACCCUGCAUUUUGUGUUCAGUUUGUUUAGUGGAUUUUUUUAUAUUCUACUUCUUAUUUAGUACUUAUUGUUGGUAUUAUUAGUUAGGAUUUGAGUUGACAUUCCUUUAUGUUAAGUUCAUCUAGUUAUCUUAAAGCUCCUAAAUUGCACAGUGUUUAGUCCUGUGUUCAUCAGGUCCUUCUUUGUGUCAUCGCCCCUUGUGUUUUAGUCUCCCUUGUUGGUUCAUGCUGUCAAGUUAGUAUCAUGUCUGCAUCACAUCAUGUUUCCUUUUUAUUUUUUAAAAUCUUGCUUCCAUGUUCUGUGUGCUCAGUUUACACUUCUCCUGUGGUGUUAUUAUGGUCUAUUGUGUCAGCUGUUUUCUCAUGUGUUUUCACUUCCCCUAAACUUCCCUAUGUGUAUUUUAGUCUGUGUGUGUUCUUUCAGUCUUCGUCAGAUCGUCUGUGUUACCACCCAUCUCGUCUUGUCAAGUUUUUUUCAUGAUUUUUUUGUUCUGGGCAUGUUCACGUUUCUAGUUCAUGUUUAUUGAUGUCGUAGUUCCUCUCAUGCCCCAGUGCAAAAUCAUGUUCAUAGUUGUUCAUAGUCUGUUCUAGUGUUCCCAGUUUAGGAUUUAGUUUAGUUUUCACUAGGGAUGGGUAUCGAAACCCGGUUCUUGUUGAGAACCGGUUCUCACUGUUUCAGUUCCUUGGAAUUGUUUGCCAUUUUUAUCGA